GUUUGGAAAUGGCCUGCUAUCUCGUAUGUCUUACGACAGCGGGAGGAGUGCCCUUGUUCACAAGGACAGCAGAUGAUUUGAAGCCUUUGCCCUUCCCUGUGAUUGGUUCCAUAAAUGGUGUCCAUAUGUUUGGUAGUUCACACGAUGUAACUCUUCAGUCUACAACAACAGAAGAUGCCAAAAUUAUCUGGAAGGUUUUUCAUGAUAGUAUAACCCUGAUAACCAUUGCACAGAACGAUGACGUAGAUGACUGCCAUUACAGUAACCUUCUGAAUUUGACAUUCAAUGCCAUGGUACUUCUGGUAGGAAUAGAGGAAGUCACAAACAUAAAAAAUGUAGAGAAAUUCAAAAGAGAAAUUAAGGUAUGCUAUAAUUUGGUGGACAGAAUCCUUGGGAUUAUGGGAACCUGGGGUUUCUCUCAGCUGACCAACACAGCAGAGACAAUAGCAGCUCCAGAGAAUGCGGUGUUACAGAAUUUCUUGGAUGCUUUUACGGAGGCAGCAGAAAGCGUGUAUGGUUGCUUGUUCAUUGAUGGGAAAAUUGCUGUGGCAACAAAAAAAUGGUGGAGCCUCUCAGCCAAUGAGCUUGUAUUAUUGUCCCUUCUGUUAUCCUCCCUGACAGCGUGUACAUCCAGAGAUAUCCCUGUGUACCUCCCAGAUAACCAUCCCACGGUACCCCACCGACUAAUGACAUUCCAGUUGACACGAGGGAUAGAUGUUGUUGUUAUCUGUGGACCCUCCCCCUCACUUCCUGAACUAGAGCCAGAGAUACUGAGAUUCUGGAAGCCCGCAUACGAUUCUCUGAGGUCUGUGCUGAAAUUGAGCUCCAGAAACUUUCCAGCCAACAUAGCAUUAGAUCACAAUACUUUAGGAUUCUUGUUGAUAAACAAAGAAACCAAUCGCUGUCUCUGUAGCAUCAACCCAACUUUCAGUGGAGGACAUCCAGAUGAAACUUUGAGUAGCUCACAGAGAAGAGAGGUGCUGAAAUCAUUCUACAAGAGAAUGGUAGGGACAUUCUUCUCCUCAGUUGUUCCCGGCAGUGAUUCAGGUCCAUCAGAAUUCAGUCACCAGACAAUGGAGUCUUACAUCACCACGGAAACUCACAAAUGUUACGCAUUGAUGUCAGGGCCUCACCAGCUCUUUGUUGUGUACAGUGACAGUAUACCUACAUAUGCCAUGAGAUCAAUAACACAUAAAACAUUAGCAUUGCUGACCAAAGACAGGAACAUAUCAGUCUGACCAAACAAUUCCACUGUGUAUGUAUUUACAACAAUUCAUGUGAAUAAAGAUGGAGACAAGGUAGCAGCUAGUUCAAAGGUCAUAGAUGUAUGGGUGUUUUCAGAGGAUCUACAUGUAACAUACCAACUUUGAAUUCUGAUAUGCAAGAUCCUCAACAGUAAUACCAAGGGAAAGCUGUAAAGUUGCUACUUACAUGGUGCAUCAGCAGCAAGAAGUUUGUCGGAGAGUAAAUGUCCACUUAUGUUGGACUGAUUUUAUAAAAGGUCUUAAUAGUUCUCAUUAGUUAAUAACAGAGAGGAUAAAUAUGGAAAAUAGAACAAGAACAUUUGUUAUACCUUUAAAAAAAUGUUCCUAUAUAAAUCAAUACUAAUAUAAGUCUAACAUUUCCAAUGUUUUACUGAGCAGGCAUAAAAAAAUCGAUGUUUGACCGCGGAGUGAGAUAUUGGACCUGUGGAUGAGAUGUUGGACCGCUUAUGUCACACAAUGGGCAGGUCAGCUAAAUCUCAUUUGCAUUCGUUGGUGUUCGACAUACAUAUAUGUCAAAAAAUAAUUAUAAAUUUAUAAAUAAAAGGUAUAACAAAACAUUUAUUGACUGUGUUCUCGGGCAAAAUUGUUUUAUCGAC